ACUACACAUAUGGUAUAGAUGUUAAGCCGAUAAGUACCUACCUAGGCAGCCUUCCCCAGUUGUAGACCUUGUCCCUGUCAAUAAGGACUGGGUACUAAGUCACACCUCUUAAAAGUUCACGACGGUGAGAUCCAUCUACAAUCCUUUUUAACGACUUUCAAACAUUCAGAUAUUCAAACACUCCCAGGUUUGUUUGAUUUUCUGAACAUCCCUCCCAGGGCGACAAAUAACCCAUAAUCCACAACAUCCAAUAUAAUAAUUCUUAUACCCAACCACCCGAAUUAAUCAUUUUAUUCCCUUCACCACCCACAUAUUUGUUUUCUCCAAACCACAACGUCGUCAACGUAAUUAUAAGAUAAUACCCCGCCACGCACCCCGCCUCACGCAGAUCAGGAUGGCGCCAAUACUAUGGACGGACAAGAGCGAGCGCGAUUUGCUCCUCGCAAUCGUCAUUACUCAUCUCACCCAGCAGAAUGGGACCGAUCUGAAAGUCAGGAUCAACUGGGACUCUGUGACUACCAUGUUGCAGUCUUUUGGCUAUGACAAUGCUACUAGCGGUGGUAUUGGUCAGCACCUAACCAAGAAGAUCCUCUACGACUACAAGCAAGGUCUCAAGGCGGGCGACACCGAAGCCCCAACUGUCAGUACGGGUACAGCCGCUUCUGGAACCCCCAAGAAACCCCGUUCGCGCAAAGCUCCUACCAAGCCGAAGGGUAAGGUCCAACCUAUUUAUUACUCCGACGACGAGCCCAUGACACCAAGAAAGAGGAUGAAGGGUGUCGAUCAUGACAUGGACAGGGAAUCUGAAGGCGAGGUUUAAGGAUGUUAUCAAUCACCUAGGCUAGGUAGUUAUGGAGCUUGAUGUAUAGCCUAGCCUCACCUUCGCAGAAGUCAUAUUGGCACGUGACUAGGUACAGAUGAGGAAAUCAUGUAUUUACUAGUCAGUACUACUGUGUAGUAGGAGUUCCUACACCUAAUCUAGUACCAAAUAUGGCAAUAGUGGUGAAGAGUACCUAGUUUGUAGCCCAUGAAUCUCGCCUGUAAUAUGCCCGGCUGAAUUGAUGUACCAAUCCAGAUGACA